AUGAACAUGACGAUGAUGCGUCUGGCGACGAUCCUAACUGACGAUGCAAUCGAGCUUGUCAGAAAACUUGAGGAACCACAAAUCGAAGAUGCUACAAUGAAGAAAGAUUCUGUGAUUGUCGAAGGAACUUCAAGUGACUGCUUUCGACGAGUAAUCGAAAUCGUUGGUUCGCAAUACACACUCGAAACGACAUGUCAACAGGACGGAUAUGAGAAUUGGCAAAGCGUUUCUAUGUGGAGAGUCAACGAAAUGCAGGCCGUUAUGCCGAGCCUAUGUUGGUUUUCAGCAAUGCAUGUCUUGUCGACUAUCGUCAAUGCUAAACUU